AUGACGUCCGCUCCGACGCCAGAGAUGACGCCCGCCGAGGCCGAGUCGGUCUACUUCAACAACUACCCCCCGCCCAAAGCCCUCCCGAAGCAUGAAGCCCUCGCUCGAGCCUUUGUCGAUUACCACGCCCAAGCGAACCGACGCCUUGUCCUGGUGACAUCGGGGGGCACCACCGUUCCUCUUGAGAACCAGACUGUUCGCUUCAUUGACAACUUCAGCGCGGGCACGCGAGGUGCUGUGUCGGCAGAAUACUUUCUCCAGGAGGGAUAUGCAGUGAUUUUCCUACAUCGGCAAUUCAGUCUGUUGCCAUACUCGCGGCAUUACAGCCACUCGACCAAUUGCUUUCUGGAUUUCAUGGAUGAGGAGGAACCGGUGCCUGAUGCCACAGAAACCAACGAGUCGGAUCACCGACCGAUCAAGGUGCGCAGUGAGUACCAGGACCAAAUGCGCGAUGUCUUGCGCAAGUAUCGUUAUGCGAAGCGGAACAACCUCCUGCUCCUGCUUCCGUUCACCACAGUCUCGGAGUACCUCUUCGAACUACGGUCGCUGGCUCAGCUCAUGAAGCCAUUGGGUCCCAACGCUCUGUUCUACCUGGCCGCUGCUGUGAGCGAUUUCUUUAUCCCCAGCGACCGCAUGUCUGAGCACAAGAUCCAGUCGUCGGAGCUGCCGGACCACUUGACCAAGGACCAGGCGGUUGGCUCGUCGGACAUUUACACGGGCGGGAUUGAGCCGCAACCGUCAUCUCAUAGUAAGAAAUUGAUCAUCGAUCUGGACCCUGUCCCGAAGUUCUUACAUCGGUUGGUGAAUGGGUGGGCGCCGGAUGGCAGUAUGAUUGUGUCGUUCAAACUUGAAACGGACCCCAACCUGCUCGUAUACAAGGCGCAGACGGCACUCCAGCGGUAUGCGCACCAUCUGGUGAUUGGUAACUUGUUGACCACGCGCAAAUGGGAGGUGGUGUUCGUGACCCUGGACCCCCCGCACGAGCGCUGGAUCCGGGUGCCGAAAUCGCGGCGCAGCAAGAGCAUUUCUGGCAGUGAGGCGCAGGUUGGUUUGGCCGAAGCCAAGCGGGCGGGCGAAUCCACCCAGGCAGAAACCGGUGGGGGCGGGCAGAGUCAGAGACCGUUGGAAGACGAGGCCAUCAUCUCGGCUGAGGGAGUGGAGAUCGAAAGUUUGAUCAUCCCUGAGUUGGUCAAGUUGCAUUCGACCAAAAUUGCUCAACACAAUGCCAAGUCCUAG